AUGGAGAUGCAGCUUCCACAGCUGGGAGAAGUCGUAGACCAUGAGUAUGAUGAGCAAGAGGAUUUCCAGCGGCUUUACAGUUUCUUGCUCUUCAUUGCUGCGCUCUGGAUCGCUGGAAAGCUGUUCGCGCGGGCAGGCAUGCCAGCGCUGGUGGGGGAAAUCACCAUCGGCAUCCUUGCGGGACCCCACUUCGGAAAUCUGGUUCCGGAGUCGGAAGCGCUGAUGCUGGAGGGAGAGCUUGCGCUGGUACUCCUGAUGAUCGAAGCUGGGCUUCAUGUCGAUAUGGAGAUGAUACAGAUUGUCGGCUUGCGAGCCCUUGCUGUGGGUCUCAUCGGCUCGUUCCUGCCAAUGGGCCUAGGCAUGCUUGUGGCGUCAUUCGCCCUGGGACUUGACCCGAUGGCAGCGUUUGCAAUCGGAGCGGCCAUGGCUACCAUGUCGACCGGGAUAGCCCUGAAUGUCAUGAAGGCUGGUGGCAUGCUCAACCAGCCAACUGGGCAGCUGGUGCUGGCUGCCGCGACAGUGAACGAGUUGGUAUGUAUUGGUUUGAUCACAGAAAUCGAUGCAAUUGUGGCCGGUGGGCCCUGGCAGAGCUAUGUCCUGCCGCUGGUGAUCAUGCUUCUGCUGGUGGGUUUCAUGAGCCUUGUUGCCGUGAAACUCGUGCCUUGCUUGCUAGACAAGGUGAUUUUGCCGCGAAUUGCCAAAGGCAAUCGUGAGAAUUUGGUUUUGGGCAUGCUUUUGGUGGCUACUGCCGUGUACAUGCCCUUGUGCAAGUACUCCGGCUCCUCGGCGCUCCUUGGCGCCUUCUUAGCCGGAUUCUGCUUUUGCACAGACGAGCACGUGCACCACACCUGGAACCGCCAGGUCAAGCGAAUUGCUACGUUUCUGAUGCGUUUCUUCUUCGCCUGCAGCAUCGGCUUUACGAUCCCUGUUGAAGACUUCGGUGACAGAGAAGUUUGGGGGACAGCGCUUACACUUUUCGGGUGCAUCCUGGGCAAGCUUGCCAUGGGCAUGUUUGCACUGCCGCUGACCAAGAACGAGUUCCUCACUCUGAGCUUUGCCUGGGGAAGCUGGGGUGAGUUUUCCUUCAUCCUUGCGCUGCGAGCUGUUCGAGGAAACCUGCUGGAGGGAAGGAAUUACAGCUCCUUGGUCCUGGCGGUGUUGAUAUCCAUCAUCAUUUGUCCUACGGCGCUGCGCUGUGUUCUGACACGGAGUGCCAGGGAAGCCAACGCAUGCAUUGAGCUUGCAAAGCAUGAGACUGAUGCGUGCGAAGCAGGGAUGGUUCAUAAUGUCUACUAUUGCUUGCAGACGCGCUCCUGUGCCCAGUGGGGCCAGCAAGGUGCCUUGCUAUCAGUGCUGGGUGAGGUGGACUGCAAGAUUGUCGACUUCCGUUCUUUUCAUCCAUUCCACCAUGUGGGAACACAGCAUAUCGUCAACGAGCUUUACCUGAAAGACAUGCGUUUGCAGUUGGCACUUGCUGAUCAGCUUGAUCCAACAGACCAACAUAAGCUGGACGGCCGAACUGCCGAGAUCCUUUCCGAGAUUUUGAGAGCGCUACACGACGCUGAAGUCAAGAUCUUCAGAUGGCAGCCGGGAAGUGGCACUAUCGAUCUGAUCCAGGAAGUGCAUCAUCCAGGAAACGUCCCUUGCAUGGCAGGCGAUGGUUCGGGCGAGCCAGGGCCACCGGUGAAUUCCAUCAGAAGAGAUGGAAGCUUCCAUGAGCAGCUGGCAGCCCAACGGGCCCAUGUCGCAAUGGAACGUUCCAUGAGGUGGCACCAGACUGAAGCGACACGAGCUCUUGACGAUUAUUGCUACCCAGGCACCCCCCGAGCUCAUCACGAGCUUGAUGGCUAUGUCCACACGGACGCCCACGAUGCUUUCGACUUGUCGUCUGUCAACGGCUCGGACGGCAGAGGUGCAGACACAGGCUCAGACAGUGCUUCGCGGACUUCGAGCAUAUCGAUGUCCAACAGCGAAGAUGAGCCGUCUCAAGGGUCCCGGGCUCUUGAGUCCUCCUUUGUCGCGACCCAAGAGCCGGAACUCUCCUACGGCCGGAAUGGAGCGCAUGGAGCUCCUUCGGAACGCGAUGAUGCCCAUGUGGCAGAGUUUGAGAGGCCGAGUGAUCUGGCAGAGGUGAUCAGUCUCCGAGACAAGUUCCACCAGGACGUUGCGAGCAUGACUAGCAAGCUGGAAUAUCUGGCGAAGCACUCCCGCCUGGAACAUCUGUCCGAAAGCAGCAAAAAGGACAGGGAAGCAGAGCGAGCCAAACUCGAAGAGCGACGAAUCGAAUUGGAGCGUCGAGCCCGGCAGCGGGAACGCAUGUCGCGCGACCCUCGCAAGAAUGUUGCCAUCAAGGUGGAAAACAGACGGAAGUUUGGAUGGGAGAGCUGGAACCCGAUUGCAGAGAGCAUUCCCAUUUGCGAAGUAGAUGCUGGUUGGAAGAGCGGAAAGAAAGUUGGCUUGGUUGAUGUUGCGACCCUCACAGCACAAUGCAAGCAGCUUCGCCGCGGGGCCGUCUCUCUCAACGAUCUUCUGGCGAAGCCGAGCUCGAGUAUCACUGCGACACUUUGUGCAGUUCAGGAAAACUUGUCUGCAACAGUUCUACAUUCGUCGCAUUGGAAACACGUUGGCAUCGUCUUGGCUCGAACAAGCACUACAACUCCGCUCGUAUGCUCCAGCUGUCGCCUUCCGCCAAGCGGCGCGGCCGACGCGCGGGCGGUGAUGCCCGCAGACAUCAUCUGCACCCGGAGGUUGCAGCGCCUGCCGGAUCUGCCGGGGAGUCUUGGACCGCAGUGUCAGGCACUCGUAGCCCUGAGCAUGGAUGACCCAAUUCAAGAAUGGGGUCCGCAGGAGUAUUACGCGCAGGAUGAGGCACUUCGAUACCACCGAGUUCCCAAGGCUGCGCGGGUACAGGCCGAGUUGACGCGUGCGGCCGCUAGUUUGGGAGACUUGUUGCCAGCUAGUCCUGGCUCCAUCGUUCUUGAUCUGGGUGCUGGAGGUGGCCUGAGCACUCUUAGUUUUCAGGCUUUGGCUGCAGGCAGAGAACCCGGCACACCUCCUUUCAUUCUCAGCUUUGACACCAGCUUGCACAUGCUUGCGACGACAACAGGGAUUCACGAGUCUUCGCUGGUCGGAAUCCGCGUGCCGAGCAUGUCGACAGACGGAGGCUUAGAAGCCGGCCAUGUCGAUAUCAGCGAGGGCUUGCAAUGGAUUUCUAGACGUGGUGAUCGAAUACUGGCUGACAUGUCACAUCCGCUCCCACUACGUGAGGGUGUUGCUGAUGCCGUGCUCUCAAUCAGCGCAGUACAGUGGUUGCUCCAGCCCCGGUCAGAGGCCGAGUCGCACUCAGACGCGCCUUCCAUGCCACAAAUGAAGCUCACCAAGCUGUUCACAUCUCUUCGCAAGGUGACGGCAGACUCUGCCAAACUGGCCAUGCAGUUCUACCCGCCCAAAGGAGAUCAUGACUUCGGAGCUAGAGCCUUGCGAGACUCGGCAAGGCAAGCUCAGUGGGCCGACGUAGCAAUUCUUCUGGACUUCCCUCACCAUCCGUCUUCAUUGGCUAAGAAGUGGUUUCUGACAGCAAGAUGUCGAGAAGGCGAUCGACGGACAAGCCAGCUGCAACCAACGUGGUGUGCUUUGUGCUGGCCAGUUGUGGUCGCUGGGUGUGUCUUGCAGAGCUCAUGCAGGCAAAGGCCAAGUGGGAAGGUUCUCUGCCAUCGCGCAGAGCAGCAGCAUGCCGAACUGGCUCUGCGCUUGGUGAGGUGCGGGCGGCGACUGCAAGCAAGUGACGAGGGCGAUGCAGACGAUGCGGCGCGGAAGAUCCAAGAACGGUUGCAGCAGCAACUGCACCCGCUACAGUUGGAGUUGGCCCGAGGCCUCUUCCAGGCCCUCGAAGCAUGCAGGCAGGUCGAUACGACGGAUGCGACGGUCGAGGAAGUCGAGGAGGCGACGAAGGCGCAGGUGGAAGAGGGUGAAGGCCGAAACCGCGAGGAACGCGACGAGGCAAAGCGCGCCAAGGCCGGUCCUCAGACGAGGACGGAGCUGCGAAGCGCCGUGGUGCGCUGCUUGCCUCAGUUGUUACCUGUGCUCCAUUCGGCACCAAGCCAAUGCUGGCAGCGACCUCCGCCGCCCUUGGCGCAGGCAUCGCAGGCGUCGCAGGUCGAGGAUCUUGCCCACGGCCUUUAA